AUAGUGGGCAUUGGGUGAAAGGAGAAGGGUGCGGAGGGAGAGAAGAGAAAGAGAAGAAAGAACAGAGAAAGACAGAGAGAAGGGAGAGAGAGAAACCGAGCGAGCGAGAUCUCUGUAUUAGGGUUCCCAAAUUCCCCCAUGUGCAAGGAAACUGUGUGUGAGAUAGAAGUGUGGCUGUUGUAUGCAGGAGGAGGCGAGUGUGAGGGAUUUAGAGAGAGAAGAGAGGUGAGAACGCUGAGUGCUCAGCUGAGAGAUUCCAUUUCACCCCCAACAGGAGAAGGAGUGCCUAGAAUUUCUUUUUUAUAUUUUUUCAUUUUCUUUUCUUGUUCCCCCUCCCUUUCUUUGCUUUCCCCACAUUUUGUUAGGCACUUUCCCUCUUUCACUGCCCUACCUUCAAGUCUCUGAUGGAGCAGCGAAAGCUUGUGGUUUUGGGUAUUCCAUGGGACGUGGACACUGAGGGCUUGAGGGAAUACAUGAGCAAGUACGGUGAAUUGGAAGAUUGUAUUGUCAUGAAGGAGCGAUCAACUGGACGAUCUCGUGGAUUUGGAUAUGUUACAUUUGCUUCAGUGGAUGAUGCUAAGGAUGUUCUAUCAGGUGAACAUGUUCUUGGCAACAGGAUGCUGGAAGUCAAAGUGGCCACACCAAAGGAGGAGAUGAGAGCACCAGCCAAAAAAGUAACCAGAAUAUUUGUAGCCAGGAUUCCACAAUCAGUAACAGAAGCAUCUUUUAGAAGUCAUUUUGAGAAAUAUGGUGAUAUAACAGAUCUGUACAUGCCAAAGGAUCAAGGAUCAAAAAUGCAUCGUGGAAUUGGUUUUAUCACCUUUGCAAGUGCAGAUUCUGUCGAGAGUUUGAUGGCAGAAACCCAUGAACUGGGAGGUUCUACCGUGGUGGUUGAUCGAGCUACACCCAAGGAUGAUGACUUCAAGCCAGCAGGCAGAAUGCCACAGGGAGGGUAUGGUGCAUAUAAUGCUUAUAUUUCUGCAGCAACUAGAUAUGCAGCACUUGGUGCUCCUACUUUGUAUGAUCAUCCAGGCCCAGUCUACGGAAGGGGAGAGCCAUCUCGUGGAAUUGGUAAAAAGAUUUUUGUUGGCCGACUUCCCCCAGAGGCAACUUCUGAGGAUCUUCGUCAAUAUUUUGGAAGAUUUGGCCGUAUAUUAGAUGUUUACGUUCCCAGGGAUCCUAAGAGAUCAGGUCAUAGAGGUUUUGGAUUUGUUACUUUUGCUGAAGAUGGUGUAGCAGAUCGUGUCUCACGAAGGCCUCAUGAAAUUUGUGGACAACAGGUAGCAUUAGAUUCAGCCACACCUGUUGAUGAUGCAAGUCCGAGUGAGAAUUUUAUGAUGAAUGGCGUGGGUUCUUUUGGGGGUUAUGGAGGUCCUAUGCGAACUUAUGGGAGGAUGUAUGGUAGCCUGGACUUCGAUGAUUGGGGUUAUGGAAUUCCCAGUGGGAGGCCAUCAAGAGCAGAUUGGAGGUAUAGACCAUACUAGGAGAGAGAGAGCACAGUUUCAUUGGUAUCAUCACCGUCCGUCCGAAAUGCUAAAAUAGAUGCCAGCGAACUGUUUCUAUAUUUAAUAAUUUUUAAGUUGUAGGCAUAUGGAUUGGAUCUGUAAACCAGAUAAUACUAUUUCCCCUCAUAUGUUUUUAUUAUCAUGUAUCUUAGUUGUAUUGUAUUUGAUUCAUGUCAUAAAGAUUUGACGUAGUUUAUUGCUCAAAGGUCCAACACAAUCUUUCCUCUUUUAUCCGAGUUUGCAACCGGUAUGUAACAGAUGAUGAAAAAAUGUGUUCCGUGUAGUUUGCAGUGUUGAUGCUGAUUUAUGAUUCACCAUAUAAAUGUAGUCUUUUGCCUAA